UUCAGCACUCCCACCAUGUAACGCAUCAGCAUCACCAUCAUAUACCUUCGUCUGGCGUUGCUGUACCACAAAAUCCUCACCUAGCUGAAAGCGCAGCCAUUGCGGCUACGGAUGGAAACUCCAUGGGAGCAUCGGGAGAUAAUGAUAGUAAGGACUCACAUGCAAACGUCGAAAAGGAAUGGUUCCACGAUGAAAUGGACACCUCACAUUAUCAUCAUGGCGAUGAAUUUGAUGAUGACUUUGAUUCAGAUAACGAUUUUGAUGAGUCCUACACCAGCAGGGGCAAACGCAAAAAAUGUACGAGACCUCGAAGAACAAAUGCAAACGUAGAAGGCACUCCUAAACGGGGUCGUAAAGGUGGUGGCAAUCGUCGAAAAAAUGCUGUUGACGGAGAAUCUGAUCGAAUACGUAGAGGUGGUGGAAAUAGUGCAAACACAUCCGCAGCCGCAGCAGCAGCUGCCGCCGCUGUCGCCCAUGCAGCGUGUACAGCGGCUGCUGCCGCCACCACAGGGCUCUAUGCAUCUCAUUCAAACUCAGCUUCGCCUAUUCCCAUCAAUGACGACAAUUCACAAUCAGCACUCAUAGUGCCAACAAACAUAGCGUCGUCGUACGAAAAGACUUCAAGCGAUGCUGGAGCUUCUAAUGAAUCAAUUCCCCUAGCAACAAUGGUUGGAAUAAACGCAGGACUGGCAACCUUAAAUGUUUGCAAUGCACUUCCGGCGCAAACAGGAACAAAUCAAGCGGUGUUUGCUACUGGUAAUAAGGUAAAACAACGUGUAGAACGUGACAUAGCCCAACCAUCACCUUAUUGUGACUUUUGUCUGGGAGAUCAGCGAGAAAAUAAAAAAACCAAUAUGCCCGAAGAGCUUGUAUCGUGCUCGGAUUGUGGUCGUUCCGGUCAUCCAUCGUGUCUACAGUUCACGGCAAACAUGAUUAUAUCAGUAAAACGUUAUCGUUGGCAAUGCAUUGAAUGCAAGUACUGUUCCAUUUGUGGGACCUCUGACAAUGACGACCAACUAUUAUUUUGUGACGAUUGUGACCGGGGAUACCAUAUGUACUGCCUGUCACCACCGCUUAUGACUCCACCAGAGGGCUCUUGGAGCUGCAAGUUAUGCAUGGAGGAGUUCCACAAGAUUAAAUAAGCUAUCAUUUAUAAAUAUAUAAUGCACCAAUUAUAAUAAUUCUCAAAAAUAUAUAAAAGGUAGAUAUUUUUUUGCUGUA